UUUCCACUCCACCUCAUCACUUUGCUUGGUCAGCAGGCUGCACGCACCGUCUCACGCACCGGGAAUGGGAUCAUUACUGGAUUCAAAGAAAAACUUCCGAUUCUUCCGAUUCUAUACUUUGCAGAAGUUGCUCUUCAAGCUGCAGGGAUAGCUGCAGGUGCAGGCUGACACAGCAGCAGUCACCAAGAAGAUCAGCAGUGAGUCACCAACUUUAGAUCUUCCAAGGCGCAGCAGGGGUUUGUGGUUUCUAGGGAGUUUGAGAUUUUCAGGAAUCCACGCGGUUUUGUUAUCAGUUUGGGUCUGCCUAGUUGGAUUAUUUUGGAUACAACUACAUUCCAAAGUCACUGUAACCAACAGGUAAAUAACUGUGCGUAAAGUUGGUGACGUUAAGGUUAGUUUGACAAUAAGUUAUGAAUAACUGUGCGUAAAGUUUAUUGCGUUAACUUUAUUUUGACAGAGCGAAAAUAAGAAAUAUUGCAAACUUAUUUUAGACAAGAAGUGUCCAUUUAACCACAGUCAUGGCAAAAUGGUUUAAAGAUUUCCCCAUAAACCUGAAAAACGGAAACGAAAGGGUCCGCUCGGCCUCUGAAUCUGGUCCGCAAACUCGACCUAAACCCAAUUUUUCCCGGGAUAGUUUGAAGGGAAAUCAGCGUAAAGAUGGAGGAGUUGGAAGUUUGCUGACUGGGAGAAACAGGAAAAAUUCGGCCACUGAGCUGGGUCGCAACAACAGUGGUUACGGUGGGACAGUUUGGGACAGCCUAACCAAUGGAAAAGGUCGCAAAAACUCCAAGGUCGAGCCUGGAGCCUCCGAUGAGAAUCGCCAGGUGAGGACCUCCAGCCUGGCGCAGGCGUACAUCAGCAGGAUGAUUAAAGUGGACAAACAAGACAAAACGCCCAAAGUGAAUGGAGGUACUGAACAGAAGCAGCAUGACAAUGACAAUGGAAAGGCAGACAUUAAAACGGCGCUGAUAAUACUGGAGGACUACGCAGACCCCUUUGACGCUGAAAAAACCAAGGAGCAGAGAGAGGCUGAAAGAGCAGGGGUCAAUGAUGGGUACAUGGAGCCAUAUGAUGCCCAGGUCAUAAUCACAGAUGUCCGCCGCCGGGGCUCAAAAGAUCUCCUGAAAGUGUGUGUACUGUUGGACAGAGGUCAGAAAGAGGUGAAGGGGGGAGACGAGGGAACGCAGUCACCACCAAUCAUUUAUGACACCCCCUACGAAGGCGGGCUGGAGGGCCACAGCGAGGGAGUGUGGAUCCCUGUGACAAGACCAGAGUCUGACAUCCGUCCAGCUGGAGAGUACGAGCUCCCAUGGGAGUGGAGAAAGGAAGACAUUGUCAGAGCAUUGUCAGCUCAGUUUGAGACUGUAGAUUGUUCCCUUGGUAAAGAGAACUCUUCAACCUCCGGCCGUCAGCAGCAGCAAACCCUCAGGCAGAGGAACUGGACCAACAAGGCUCUCGUCUCAACCUCUUCUUCAGCAUCUUCUUCCUUGUCCUUCCCAUCCUCUCCGAUUCUCAAACUCUCCCCUCUUACAUCAUCGCCUCUUUCUUAUCCAACACUCAAGCUGUCACAAUCCUCACCAUCAUCCAGCCCGACUAAGCUUUCCUCUUCAUCCUCCACUUCUUCCAAUUCACCACUGGAUGGGGAGACACCAAAGGUGGACUCAAGCCUGCCUCUGGAAAAACAGAGCUGGUACCAUGGCAGCGUGAGCCGACAGCAGGCUGAGGCUCAGCUGCAGCGCUGCAGGGACGCCAGCUUCUUGGUGAGAGACAGCGAAUCAGGAACCAGCAAAUACUCCAUCGCUCUGAAGACCAGUCAGAGUUGUGUCCACAUCAUUGUAGCCCAGACUAAAAGUAGCAAAGGCUUGGGCUACACACUGGACCAGAGCAGCUGUGUCUUCCCCAGCAUCCCUGAGCUGGUCUGCCACUACUGCACACACAGACUGCCUUUCACAGGAGCACAGCAUAUGACCCUGCAGCAUCCAGUGCCCAAGCCGCACUGAAUAUGCAUGAAGAACAGACACAUUGAGUCAAGCUCAAAAAUGCACAAAGACACACACCACACAGACAGGCUCAAAUGUGCUGAAAAAACAAAAAACUGAUAAACUUAUCACUCAGCUGCACACAGAUUCAGAAGAUGUGCUUUGGUCCAGUUUGUGUUCCAAGUCAAUGGGUUGAUGAUUUCUCUUUUCUGUGCCCCCUAGUGGACAUUAUUGUACACUACGGUAAACUGAAACAACUUCUGCCUUUUGCCAGGAAAGUAAACAAAAAUGCAUACUUUACCUGCAGCUGGAUAAGCAACCAUAGAGAAAUAAAAAUACUUGUUUUUUAAACCAAGGUUCAAUAUUUAGUACAACAAAGAACAAUCCUUACUCAUGUAAUGCAAUAGCAACACCAUUGAUUAGCUGUGACAGAAUUAAUUUUUGGAACAGGACUAAAGAAAUUAACUUAUGAUGAUCACAAAAGCACUGAAAGGUUCCCAGUUUGCAUACCAAAAAGGUUUUAUCUGGAAUCAAUAGAAGUUUAGGCUAAUUUUCCAGCUACUGUUGGUUAGGAGACAGAAUCUUAUUGAUCAGAUAAUUAGCACAAGUGCAAUGGGAGAGUUCCCAUAACUCUGUAGAAUACAAGGCAGUAAGUGAUGUUAACCAGGCCUACUUAAAGUAUGAAGGCUUUGAGGUAAGAACAAAAUUUUACCAAAACAGAUUUAGGCUUUUUUUUGCUGAAACUUCCCUAAUGGGUAACUGAGUAGAAUAAAAUGCAACUGAGUGAAUUGUAAAGUGCUCCUUUGUUAUGAACAGUUGUUUUUUUCUUUGUUGUUCCAUAUUUGGAUUUUUCCUAACAUGAUUUUUUUUUUAUAAUUUCCCACUGGGUGAAACAUUCUGUUUCAUAUAUUAUAUUUUAAUUUUAGUAAGUCUGUCUUUUUGGUAUGCUAAAAGAAGUUGUUCCUGUCUCCAAUAUUCAAGAUUUGUUGGUUUAUCUUUUUUUUACUUUAGGGUUUCUGUAAACAACAAAAUCUUGUUUAAUUGUGAAAAUACAUGUAUGCCCAACAACAAAAAAUGUACCUAUGUGAAAAUAAAACAGAGAAAGAUAUAAAAUA